UUGUGGGGGGCGUAGUCCUCCUUCCCGGGCGGUCCUUCGCGGCGUCCCCGGGGCCGACUCCGGAGCGCAGGCGAGCGGCAGAGUGGGUGGUGCGGCGCGGGCCAAAGGAAAACAUUUUCCGGGCACGGGGCCCCAGACCAGACCGCCCGUGCCGUGCGGCAUUGGUAGGAGGCCGCCUAAAUCCUCGCACGGCGCUGCCCGUCGAGGGGCGGGUGGCAGCAGACCAACCGGGCCGUCGAAGGUCUUAGGAGGCCGGUGGGACGGGCCGAGCCGGACCGCGAAGCGCAGCCAUGCCUGGCUUUACGUGCUGCGUGCCGGGCUGCUACAACAACUCGCAUCGGGACAAGGCGCUGCACUUUUACACGUUUCCCAAGGACGCUGAGCUGCGGCGCCUCUGGCUCAAGAACGUGUCCCGUGCUGGCGUCAGUGGGUGCUUCUCCACCUUCCAGCCCACCACGGGCCACCGUCUCUGCAGCGUCCACUUCCAGGGCGGCCGCAAGACGUACACGGUGCGCGUCCCCACCAUCUUCCCUCUGCGUGGCGUCAACGAACGCAAAGUCGCACGCAGACCCGCCGGGGCCGCAGCCGCCCGCCGCAGGCAGCAGCAACAGCAGCAGCAGCAGCAGCAGCAGCAGCAGCAGCAGCAGCAGCAGCAACAGUCGUCGCCAGCCACCGCCUCCACUGCCCAAGCAACCCAACUGCAGCCGAACCUUGUGUCUGCCUCUGCGGCUGUGCUCCUCACCCUUCAGGCUGCUGUAGACAGCAGUCAGGCUCCGGGAUCGGUGCCUCAGACACCCAACACUCCCACCGGAGAAGACGUGAAGCCCAUCGACCUGACAGUGCAAGUAGAGUUUGCGGCCGCAGAGGGCGCAGCUGCUGCCGCCGCAUCGGAGCUAGAGGCUGCUACCGCCGGGUUGGAGGCGGCCGAGUGCCCUAUGGGGCCCCAGUUGGUGGUGGUAGGGGAAGAGGGCUUCCCGGAUACUGGUUCGGAUCAUUCAUACUCUUUGUCGUCAGGCACUACGGAGGAAGAGCUCCUGCGCAAGCUAAACGAGCAACGGGACAUACUGGCGCUGAUGGAGGUAAAGAUGAAGGAGAUGAAAGGCAGCAUCCGCCACCUGCGUCUCACUGAAGCCAAGCUACGCGAAGAACUCCGCGAGAAGGACCGGCUGCUGGCCAUGGCUGUCAUUCGCAAGAAGCAUGGAAUGUGAACAGGUCUCUCCACAGAUUGCCAGACUCCCAGGCUCCUGUCAGCCUAGGGGAACCUCAGUCCGCUGCGGUUGAGCUCCCCUGGACUUUGGGAGCACUGGAUGACAAUACUGAGGCUUAGAGCAGCUGGACUCUUGCUGUUGACCUGGCACCCUCGUUUCCUCCUGAAGCAGAAGUCUGGGACCUCGGACUCUGCACUGGUUACACCAGCAAUUAUGACAACCCUCCCCACCUCAACCUCAGUUUAUGUUGCAAAUUCUGUUUAAGCAGAGGCUUCAGAUUCACUGAACUUGGAACUUACGUUUAGGGAUUCAGGUCGGAUGCCCAAAGACUAUGGAGCUUGGGAAAACACUUUGAGGUUGGCCAGCAAUCAGAGACACAAUCAGAAAUAACUCUUCUGUAUGCAUUGAUGAGCGAUCCAAGUAACAUCAUUUCUCUUUUUCCUGCUUUUCUUUCCCAGGCGUGACCUGUGACUCUAAUGAGGAUUGGCAGAUCUGUAAUUCUGCCUUCUAGAAUCUUCCUUCCCCCAGGAGGCCAGAUAUGAGGGGAUCUAGGUGACCUGCUGAUGAGAUCCAGUUUGCCAGGGACUAGGUUUAUCCUGUUAUGUUUGCUACUGGUUACAAAUUCUAUUUUCUGUACAAUUAGUCAGACUAAAGUUUUCACUGUGUUUGUUUGGCAAAACCAAUUAAACAGAAAGUAAGGUUUUUA